ACUCACAACUCACAAGGCAACAAUAGAAAACGUUGGUGAGCCGAACCCUCUAGAUUCUAGAACUCAACUAGAGAGUCCCUCUGUUCCUUAUCUCUCACAAGUCACAAGGGUUUAAGAUAUCACUCCCACUUCUUCUUGUUCCUCCCACCAUCACAUUCUAAACUCUCAUGGCGUCCACUUUCCUCACACUCUCAAACCCUUUGGUUUGCAGACCCAACACUUCUUCUCUGUCCAACCAGAGCCUACUCCCAGCUCUAAGAAGAAACUCACUGAGGGUCAACGCAAUUGCCAAGAAAUGGGAACCCACCAAGGUGGUUCCUCAAGCUGAUAGAGUGCUUAUUCGUCUUGAGCAACUCCCCGAGAAAUCAACUGGAGGAGUUUUGCUGCCCAAAUCUGCUGUGAAGUUCGAGCGGUAUCUUAUGGGAGAAGUUCUUUCUGUUGGUGCUGAUGUUGGAGAAGUGCAGGCUGGAAAGAAGGUUCUUUUCUCAGACAUCAAUGCUUAUGAGGUGGAUUUGGGAACUGAGGGUAGACACUGCUUCUGCAAAGAGAGUGAAUUGUUAGCUGUGGUUGAAUAAGAUGUCAGCACCUUACACUAGGCAGAAUCUCUUGGGUUAUUUUCUGAAAUUUUAAUUGUCGAGAUGUUUUUUCUUGUAUGUCUCCAACUCCCAAUUGAUUGCUGAAUUUUGUAAUAUUUAGUCAUCGUUGUACUUUGGAAUGCAAGCUCUGUUAUCUCUUGCGACUAUUUAUUGAAAUUUGGUAGUAGAGGCGUGUAGAGGUAUGGGAAGGGAUAAUGGCUUUAAUUCCCAAUCCGAGAUUUUUUUUAUACUAUAGGGAAAUAAAGAUAAAAAUAGUACUAAUCUGUAAGAUGGAGCCAUUCUCUUGUGACCGGGUUGGGAAACUUCUACCUCACAAGGGACUUUGGCAAUGGGGAGGCGAUACACUGUUAAUGUGCCAGUGAAGAGGGUAAAAUGUGUGUAAAAAGGCAUUACUCUACGCAGAGUAAAAGAAGUUUGUCCCAAGAUGUGUAUGGA